CCUUGCCUUCGGUCUAAAACAUUCCGGAGAGGUCUUACAUAUCUCUCCAUGUGAAACCAUGCGGCCAUGCUCAAGAAACCCAACAUCCUUUGCUGUGGUGGUGGACUGCAGUUACUGAACCACCCAUGCCUGUCCUCGCCACCUCGGUCUCGCGCUUUCCCCUCACAGUCUCGCUAUUCCACUAGGCGCUAUGCCACCGCUUCUCACAACCCGGAGACGGAUCUCUCAUGGCCGUCUUCUCCCACUUUCACCCCAUAUGAGCUAUUUAAACAAGAUCGGACCGCACCCUAUUCCAAGACCCGCUAUUAUGAAAUGGUCAAAAUCUACCAUCCGGAUCGCCCAUGUAGCGGACAUCCACUAUGCAGAGACCUCACACCCGAAGUGAGACUUCAGAGAUACCACAUCCUAGUGGCUGCGCAUGAAAUCCUAUCUGACCCUAGUAGACGGGCAGCCUACGAUUUCAGUGGCGCGGGGUGGAACCUCCAUCCGUAUGAAACGCCGAUCCCAUCCUGGGCUAGAACGGGCUCCAGUAACUACGGUCCAAUAUACGCGAACGCGACCUGGGAAGACUGGGAAAGGUGGAAUAAUCGUCACCAGGGAAAACAGCAGACUCUGGUGGACCAUCGGACCUUUGCAACAUUCGUUAUACUUCUGACAUUAAUGGGCGGAGCGCUCCAGGCAUCUUGGAUUAGCAAGCUCAGCAGCGGUUACGAAGACCGGCUUUGGGAGCUGAACCAAGAGUCAUCCCGCCUUUUGAAAGGGCGCAGGGAGAAUACUCAACAUCAAAUGCAGUCGGUAGAUGCAAGGGUCCAACACUUCCUCAUCCGAAGAGACCCGUCCGGGUGUGGUUUGAAGGAGGAAGAACAGCCGGUCUAUAAGCAAGUGUUACAUUCUCAAAAAAGCUCCGACGACUCACCUGCGGAGGUUGUUGGAUCGGAGAGACAGGACGGUAGAGUCUUACAAGAUUCAGUCCAGGCGGAAACUAGCAGUUGACAUAGAUUGCAUGCGUAGCUAGUUCGCGGGCGUUGUAAAUAUGCUAAUUACUUCAGUUUAAUGGAGGCCUGGAGUUUCCACUUCUGAAUUUAUGCCCUGGAACAUGCAUGCAUGGC